AUGAGUUCAAAAGAUAGUCAAUAUUUAUAUCUAGCACAACAACUACAAACAUUACAAGAAAAUUUGCAAAUAACGAGAAAUGAAUUGAACACAAUGUCCACACAGUGUAACACUCAUAUAGUUAAUCAAUUAGGUAGAAUUCACACAAGUUGGUUCAAAUCAACAAACCAAUGGUUAGGUGUAGAAUUAUCAAAGAAAAAAUGA